AUGGAAAUGGAACCUGGGAAGCUGUUCAUUGGUGGGAUUUCUUGGGACACCAGUGAGGAGCGUCUGAGGGAGUAUUUUCAGACUUUUGGUGAGAUUAAUGAAGCUGUGAUAAUGAGGGACCGCGCUACGGGCCGGGCCCGUGGUUUCGGUUUCAUUGUUUUCGCCGAUGCUUCUGUUGCGGAGAAGGUUGUCAGAGAAAGGCACGUCAUAGAUGGCAGAACUGUGGAGGCGAAGAAAGCUGUCCCGAGGGACGAUCAUCAAAACUUCAACAGAAACGGAAGCAUCACGGGAUCCCCUGGCCCGGCCCGCACAAAAAAAAUCUUUGUCGGGGGCCUGGCAUCCACUGUGACCGAGACCGACUUCAAGCGGUACUUUGACCAAUUCGGGACGAUCACGGACGUGGUGGUGAUGUACGAUCACAACACCCAACGGCCCAGAGGUUUUGGGUUCAUCACUUACGACUCGGAGGAAGCUGUGGAUAAGGUUCUGUUCAAAACCUUCCACGAACUCAAUGGGAAGAUGGUCGAGGUCAAGCGGGCCGUUCCAAAGGAGCUCUCCCCGGGGCCCGUACGGAGCCAGUCGAACAGGGUGAGCAGUUUUCUUGGUGCUUAUUAUUCUCCCAUGAGGAUGAUGGAAGGACGAUUUAGCCCGGUGACCCUGACCCGGAGCGGAUACCCGACUUACAGCCCGUCUAGCUAUAAUAAUAACAGCAGCGUGGGCCUAAAUCUGGAUUCGGGCUUCGGUCUGAAUUACGGGCCAGGUCUGGAUUCGGGCUUGGGCUACGGGCGCAGCAUGAAUUCUUCUUACUACAGUGGGAAUGCGAAUCGUCUUUGGCCAGUGGCGAAUAAUGCAAAUCGGAGUCUAUGGAACAGUAAUAAUGGUGGUCUUAAUAAUAGUUACAGUUCGAACAAUGUGAUUUCGAAUGGUUUUGUCGGGUCAGGCGGCAACUUUGGGAAUAUUGGGGAAAUUCGGGGUCAAAGCGGAAGAGGAAGUGGUAUGUUUGGUGAUGGGAAUAUUAUUAGCUAUGGCAUUGGAGAUGAUGAGAGUUUCGGGAGGGCAAAUGAGUACGGUAGAAAAAAUGGAGGCACGACAUCUUCAUAUUCAUACGCUGUCGGCAAAAAUAUUCACGAUGAUGGUUCGGGGACUUUCUAUGGGGGGGAUUUGUUUUAUGCGGAUAAUGGUUGGCGUUCGUCUUCUACCGAGCUUGAGGGCUCGUUUUCUUACGGGCGUGGUGCAAAUGACGACAUGGCCCCUAACAAAUCUGUUGGUUAUGUUGGAGGCUAUAGUGUUAAUGCUAGGACUAAUAGAGGAAUUGCAGCCUAG